AGCUGCCAAUGCUCCACUGGCAAUUUUGACGUCGCAGCGAACGGUUGUGUUUUGUUUCCGUCGUGUUGUAGAGGGGCUAAGCACAGCUAAGUGGCACAUUUGUUGUACUGAGUCAGACCAAUUAAAUAUUAUCCAACUUAUCAAAGUGUAUCAAUUAUAAAAACCUACGAAAAAUAACCGGAAACAACGAAUUCGUGCUCACAUUCAAGGCGGUAAUUAACGCUCUUAACAACAAUACAAAGAAUAAACGCAAACGAAAUCGAGAAAAAUAAAAACGCUAAAGAAAAAUCAUUAGCGAGAAGGUGAACAAGCAAAUUAUUGAUUUUUCGUGUGGGAAAAGGGAGAAAAAAGAGAACUUCGGAAUACCAGCUGAAACGAAAGACGGCGGCGUAAAAGGAAUAAAGAAAAAAAAAACAAAAAAAUAUACGCAUAGGUACAAAAAAAACAGAUUUGUUAAUCAACAAUUAACAAAAACAGCAAAACAACAACUUGCUAAAUACAUAAUUCAAAGAAAAAAAUAUUGUGAAAACAGUUUUUUGUUGUUAUUGUAAUUGUGUGUGUGUCACCUUAACAGUGAAGUAGUAUACAAAUUUAGUGAAGGGGCCGCUAAGUUGAAUAUUAGUUGAAAGUGUGAGAAAUUCUAGCGGGAAGCGACUUCUUUGUUGAGGAAGUGCAUCAACGCAUUCAGGUCACGCCUAACGCAAAUAAACGCACGUACGCAUACGAUUGCCGAUUUUGGGAGUUGCAACAGCGUCAGAAGUGAAAAGGAACGGCAGUUCGAGCAACCCACAAAAAAAAAACAACAAGAAAAGUACUUGUGCAGCGCCUCCGCCUAUCAACGCCACUUACGUGCUACCUACACACACCAACCAACCAUUACAACUACCACCACUCAUUAGACAUUCACAAAGCACCAGUGUAAUAACAACAACUACAUUCCACCGCCAUUCCACCGCAAUAAGAAGAAGAACGAAGUAUCAGAAGAAGUAACUGAAGAAGUUAAGAAGAAGCAUCAUUGUACAGUUUACCGUUUUGUUGUAAGUGUUGUGUGUAUUUGGCUUGAAUAAGUAUGCCGCAAGCAGAAGGCGGCUAUACAGCGCUCGAUAGCGCCGGCACCAAUGGCCAUGAUGGCAGCGGUGGUGCAAUCUAUCAAUCCACCACAGAACCGACAGGGCCACAUUCGGUAUUUGAAUCGGUGAAACGCGCCAUCGGUCAGGUGGUGGGCACAACGAAUGGUAGCGCUCAGGACACAGAUGAUUUGCUAACAGCAACCAAUGGGCGACAAGCAAUUAUUGUUGGAUCAAGUAUUUAUUUCAGAGACCGGGACAAAAUUGGUAAGCCACUGAACACGAAGAUGCCAUCUGCGCCGACACACACGGCCGAGGAGGCACGUCUGUUGGGCACCAUGCCCAUCGAUCCCAUGGACGAUAUUGAAUUGCGGUCUGUGCAAUUGCAAUUCCCGAAUGCACGCGGCUCUAUUUUGGAGGCAUGCGAUCAACGUCGUGUGCCCACCGAUAAAGGGGAUAUACAUGUGGCCAUACAGGGUGACACUUCUAAACCAGCCAUUUUAACGUAUCACGAUCUGGGAUUGAACUAUGCCACUAGCUUUGCUGGUUUCUUCAAUUUCCCACCAAUGCGUGGGCUGCUGGAGAAUUUCUGCGUCUAUCAUGUUACAGCGCCUGGACAAGAGGAGGGUGCACCUACAUUGCCGGAAGACUACAUCUAUCCUACCAUGGAUGAAUUGGCCGCUCAGCUAGUCUUUGUGAUGUCACAUUUUGGACUCAAGUCGGUGAUUGGUUUUGGUGUUGGCGCUGGCGCCAAUAUAUUGGCCCGUUUCGCCCACACCAAUCCGGAUAAGGUCGGCGCUUUGGUGCUCAUCAAUUGCGUGUCGACACAGUCCGGUUGGAUUGAGUGGGGCUAUCAGAGCUUCAAUGCACGCUUCUUGCGCACCAAAGGCAUGACUCAGAGUGUCGUCGACUACCUGAUGUGGCAUCAUUUCGGACGCAAUCCAGAGGAGCGUAAUCACGAUUUGGUGCAAAUGUAUAAGCAACACUUUGAACGUGGCGUCAAUCCCACUAAUUUGGCUAUGUUUAUCAAUUCGUAUAUACACCGCAACGAUUUGAAUAUAACACGCACGCCACCAGGCACUCCCGGCACACAGCCAUCGGCAUGCACACUGAAAAUGCCAGUGAUCAAUAUUACUGGCGCGUUGUCGCCACAUGUCGAUGAUACGGUUACCUUUAAUGGGCGCUUGGAUCCAACAAAUUCAUCUUGGAUGAAGAUCUCCGAUUGCGCCAUGGUGCUGGAGGAGCAGCCAGCGAAAUUGGCCGAAGCCUUCAGGCUUUUCCUGCAAGGCGAAGGCUACGCCACGCCCCUCUCCACGCCAGCCACUUCACCAUGUGGCACCAAAUAUCAAACCUACUCGUCCAUAUUUUUUGCCAACUUCAAGGAACAAUUGGAGAAACAGCGGCGCGAACAGGAAGCUGCGGAGCAACAACAACAACAACAACAACAACAGUUGCAACGUCAGCGAAAACAACAAAAAAAGUUGCGGAGCAAUGUGCGCCUCUGCCGCGAGACUGCCAUCAAUAACAACAAUAACACAAGCACCGGCUAUGCCUCUAGCAGCGGUGAUGCCUCGGGUGGCGACUCUGAUGGCAAUGGCAACCAAUCGAUUGAACGCGAACGUCACUUGCCCGCUUUCGAUGUGGAGCAUGACUUGGAUGAUUUGGACUUGGAAGCGGAGCCGGAGCCGGAAGUGAGCGUAAAUGGUACAUCGUAUACGACUGCGCAAAAGAUGCGCAUCACAGAAAAUCCACUGCCGGAAACUGUGAGCUGUUAAACAGCAACGCUGGGCGUCAAAUUAGAAUAAGAUGUGAAAGAAAAUCGAGAGAGGAAGGAAUAUAGGGUGCGAAAGUAGUGAACUAAGUUAUCGUGGAGUUUAGAGAAGUGGUCGAACAGAGUCAAAGGACCUGCUAUCAGUCAACUUUGAAAAAUGUUUGUCACUGCUAUCAGAAAUCGACGCCAUGUAAUACCAAUUUGAAUAGAAGUAAUAGAAACAAAAAAAACUUGUUUGACAUAAAACAAAACAUCACGCGCGCGCAUAUGCCACCAGCAAUUGCUUGAGCUGAAAAAUAAAUUAAUUGCUAGUUGUCAAUAAAAGCAAAUGCAAAAGCUGCAGCGAAAAACCGCCCAAAAAAUGCUAAUUAGAAUAAUAAAAAAAAUUAUUUA